GGAGUUCGGUUUCUUCCUUUCUGAAAGAGUAAUCGGGCAACAUGGCAGCGCGCAAGGAGUCGGCCGCACCAGCAAGCACCGCUUCUGCUCCAGCAGUAGCUUCCACUACGGGCAACACGCUGGACUCUCCUGUUAAGAUGAUUCAAAUUGAAGGGCUGGUGGUGCUGAAGAUCAUCAAGCACUACCAAGAGGAAGGACAAGGCAGUGAGGUGGUUCAAGGCGUCCUGCUGGGAUUGGUCGUGGAAGACCGUCUGGAAAUCACCAACUGCUUCCCUUUUCCGCAGCACACCGAGGACGAUGCCGACUUUGACGAAGUUCAGUACCAGAUGGAGAUGAUGCGAAGCCUGCGGCACGUCAACAUCGACCAUCUCCACGUCGGCUGGUACCAGUCCACCUAUUACGGCUCUUUUGUAAGCCGUGCCCUUUUGGAUUCCCAGUUCAGCUACCAGCAUGCCAUCGAGGAGUCUGUGGUCCUCAUUUACGAUCCCAUCAAGACGGCCCAGGGCUCCCUGUCUCUGAAGGCGUACAGACUCACUCCCAAAUUAAUGGAAAUUUGCAAGGAGAAGGACUUCUCUCCUGAAGGGCUAAAGAAAGCUAAUGUUGGGUUUGAGUGUAUGUUUGAAGAAGUGCCGAUUGUCAUCAAGAAUUCUCAUCUCAUCAAUGUCCUCAUGUGGGAGCUGGAGGAGAAGUCAACUCUGUCUGACAAGCACGAACUUCUCAACUUGUCGAGCAGCAAUCAUCUUGAAAAGAGCCUCCAGCUGCUUAUGGACAGAGUGGACGACAUGAGCCAGGAUAUAGUUAAAUACAACACGUACAGCAGGAAUGUCAGCAAGCAGCAGCAGCAGAAACACCAGUAUCUCCAGAGACGGCAGCAGGAGAAUGCACAGAGGCAAAGCCGGGGAGAGCCUCUGUUGCCUGAGGAGGACAUGAGCAAGAUGUUCAAGCCACCCCAGCCCCCUCCUAGAAUGGACACCCUGCUUAUCGCAGGUCAGAUCAACACUUACUGCCAGAACAUCAAGGAGUUCACCUCCCAGAACCUGGGUAAGCUCUUCAUGGCAGAAGCUCUCCAAGAUAACAGCAGUUAAAGUGCAGUGAGAGCGCGCUCUGGGCAAGCGAGACGUGAACAGGCGACGAGAAGAGAAGAGAAAGCAAUGGCCUCGUGACCAGAUUCUUAUGUGAAACUGAAAAUGAAAGUGCUUACAUGCAUUCACCUGUUUGUAAUUGGAUAUGAAUAAACGUCAUUUUCACCAGUCAA